CCCACUUCCGCCCCCUAGAGUUCUUCAAGCCGAGUGCACUCUUCGUUGUUUAUGUUUUCGUACAGCAACACAUUUGGACCUUGAAACGCUGCACCAGCUCACUUGGCGCGCAGUUGUCGCAAAAUCCAAAGCCAUUGGAGUAACUGGCUGGUUGGCUAACUUUAGCUGGAGCUGGCUACGGUAGUACUGUAGCUAGAUAGUGGUCCUAGUUGCUAGCCAGCCAUCACAGGUCAACAAGCUAGGGUAUUUCGCAAUGAUAAGUGUCUGUGAGGCUUGGAUAGCCUGAACCACAAGUACCAGGCCAAAAAAUUAAGAUAUGUUUUGAGUGACAUUGCACAAUACUGCUCAGAAUGAACAGCGAGGAGGAGUUCUACGAUGCUGAGACGGGUCUUGAAUCAGAUGAUGACUCUUGUGAGGUCAAUUUUGAAGAUGCCCUAGUGUAUGACAGCAAGCAUUCAUCCAAUGCCAGCACACCACAGGAAAAUGGAGUGUGGGAGCGCAGGAAAACCCUGCCUGCUCCAAUGAUCUCCAGAUGUGACUACAGUGUAUGGGGUAUACUAAAGAAAUGCAUUGGCAUGGAGCUGUCGAAGAUAACGAUGCCCAUCGUGUUCAACGAGCCCCUGAGUUUCCUCCAGAGAAUGUCAGAGUACAUGGAGCACACUUACCUCAUCCACAAAGCCUGCACCCUGUCAGACUCCAUAGACCGCAUGCAGGUGGUAGCUGCUUUUGCAGUUUCUUCUGUGGCAUCUCAAUGGGACAGAACUGGAAAGCCAUUUAAUCCUUUGCUGGGAGAGACCUAUGAACUCACACGUGAGGACGAGGGGUACAGGUUGAUCUCAGAACAAGUGAGUCACCAUCCACCUAUCAGUGCCUUCCAUGCCCAGUCUCUGAAGCAGGAGUUUGAGUUCCAUGGCUCCAUCUACCCCAAACUCAAGUUCUGGGGCAAGAGCGUGGAGGCGGAGCCUAAAGGCACCAUGACCCUGGAGCUGCUCAAACAUAAAGAGGCGUAUACAUGGACAAACCCUCUCUGCUGUGUACAUAACAUCAUCAUGGGCAAACUCUGGAUUGAGCAAUACGGAACUGUGGAAAUAGUCAACCAUAACACGGGAGAUAAGUGUGUGUUGAACUUCAAGCCGUGCGGCAUGUUUGGGAAGGAUCUGCACAAAGUGGAGGGUUACAUUCAGGAUAAGAGUAAGAAGAAGCGACGUGUGCUGUAUGGGAAAUGGACAGAGUGUAUGUACAGUGUGGAGCCUAAGGUGUAUGAAGCCAACAAGAAGAAGGCAGAGAAGGGAAAUGUUAAGAAAAAUAAACCGGAGCCAAGUGCUGGAGAACAGGAGACUGAGGAUAUGCCUGAGGUUCAAGAGACCGUCUCUGUGAUAACAGGAAGUACCUUACUGUGGAGAAUAACCCCACGACCUGCACAUUCUGAAGAGAUGUAUAACUUCACUAGCUUCACCAUGACCCUGAAUGAGCUGGAGCCUGGUAUGGAGAGGCUAUUGGCACCCACAGACUGCCGUCGAAGACCUGACGUCAGAGCCAUGGAGAAUGGAGACCUGGACACAGCAAGUGUAGAGAAGGACAGGCUAGAAGAAAAACAGAGAGCUGCACGCAAGGAACGUUCCAAGGAUGAAGAAGAGUGGUCAACCAGGUGGUUUCGGUUGGGAACAAACCCUCACACAGGAGCCCAGGACUUGCUGUACACAGGGGGAUACUUUGAUAGAAAUUACACAGACUGUCCUAACAUUUACUGAUGGGGGUAGGAGGGACUAGAAGGGUUUCCAUCACCACCCAUAAUGGAUUCAUGUAGGCCUGAUUAUCCUGUUUGUUCUCAGCAUUACAAUGUGAGGCAGCUGAGGCCACAAUUAUUACGGUUUUCCCAACCUAGACAAACCUCUCCCCCAAUACAACGAUGGAAUCAAGAAAUUAAUAUGUAUGUGACAAUUAUUUAUUUGUAUUUUGCAAGUGACAAAGAGAACAUUUUAGCAAUGUGAAAGACUGAAAAUCGAGGCUAAGGCGGUUAGAUGAGGGAAAGACCAUUUUCAGUCUUCCUAAAUGGUCUGGGCCGCCUGGCUAAUUAACUGGAAGAAUCCCUCUCAUCUCUGAUGGUGUUAUUUAUUGUACCCAUGGUUUUAUAAAACUACACUACCAGUCAAAUGUUUGGACACACCUACUCAUUCAAGGGUUUUUCUUUAUUUGUACUA